UCAUAUAGGCCUAUUAAUUUAAUAUUCUUUAGAUAAAAAAUAAGAACUCAUUACUUGAUUUACAUUCUAAAAUUUAUUUACUUAUUAGUUCAUGAGAAUCUUAACAACUCUUGCUUGCCGCGUUGUCAAAAAAAUAAAUAUUAUGUUGAAAUUUAUUGAUAUAGGAGCUAAUUUAUCAGAUUCUGUUUUUAGAGGAAACUAUCACGGAAAACAAGCUCAUGAAGAUGAUUUAAUAAAUAUUAUUAACAGGUCAAAAAAGCAUGGAGUAGAAAAGAUAAUUGUUACAGGUGGCUCUUUGAAAGAUUCUCAGAAAGCUUUGGACAUUACAAAAUUUGAUGACAGCCUGUAUUGCACUGUUGGUUGCCAUCCAACCCGAUCUCUAGAAUUUGAGAAUGAUGGUCAAGAUCCAGAUGUUUAUCUCCAGGACCUGAUUAGUCUUGCUAAUGACAACAGAGAUAAAGUUGUGGCAGUUGGUGAAAUGGGGCUAGACUUUGAUAGGCUGCAUUUUGCACCUAAAGAUGCUCAGAUUAAGUAUUUUGAAAAGCAAAUGGAAUUAAUCUCAGCUACAAAGUUACCUGUGUUUUUUCAUUGUCGAGCUGCCCAUUCAGAAUUUCUUUCGGUUGUUUCAAAACAUAGGGACAACAUACCAGGGGGAGUGGUACAUUCUUUUACUGGAACUAAAGAAGAAGCUGCUUCAAUUUUAGAUUUAGGAUUCUAUAUUGGUAUUAAUGGCUGCUCAUUGAAAUCUCAAGAAAACUUAGAUGUCAUGUGUUCAAUACCUAGUGAAAAUCUUAUGAUUGAGACAGAUUGCCCUUACUGUGAAAUAAGGUCCACACAUGCUGGAUUUAAAUAUAUAACAACUCAUUUUGAUUCCAAGAAAAAAGAAAAAUAUGAUCCUAAUUGCUGUGUAAAAUCUAGAAAUGAGCCAUGUACAAUUGUGCAAGUCCUUGAAGUAAUGAGUGGUGCCCGAAAAGAAGACAAGCAUCAGUUGGCUGACAUUUUGUACAACAAUACUAUAAACCUUUUUUUUAAAGGUCGUAAUUAAGUGCUAUUGUUUAGUGCAGGUUAUAAAAAAUAUGUUAAAUAAAAACACAAAAAAACAACUCGUUUUUAAAU